CCUAUCUAUAUCCAAAGGUGUUGUGCCUCGUACUGUUUUUUUUUUUUUAGAAAAGGAGUUUUACCUCCGGCCUCUGCAUCAGCACGAUGCAUACGGCCUCUUUAUUAAAAAAAGCAAACGAAUCUCGGUUCAACAAAGUCUCCGACAUAGCAGUAAAGAAGUAAAAGUAAAUCAAAAAGUGCCACAACCGGCAAAGCAGGCCUAGAUGCCUAGCCAUCUAUCCUAUUGCUGGACCGCCAUCCAAACCGGUUGAAGAUAUCCCGCGCUACCGUCUCCCAUCGGGUAGACCCAGUAACCAAAGGCUCCCUGGUUUCCGCAGGAGUGUUGUGCCUCGUACUGUUACAACUUGUCUUAACAUAUACCCCAAAGGGCACCUUCCUUGCUAAGCAAAACAUGUAUACAUAAGAUGUACCUAUUUUGGUCAGGGAAUCCUGAUACUUAACAUUCACAAUAUCAAAUAAAAACAAAAAAUAAUAGAUGUAAUCAACACAGAAGUUGAUGAUAAAGGAAGAUACUUCAUUUUGAAGAACCGAUCCUGGCUCAGUUGGCUACUGGCGUCACGCCGAGCCCACCCACGUUCAACUCAUACCUCCGCAAGUGCUCAUAUUUUGAAAUGCUCAAUAAUGCAUUUCUAGGUUAUUAACUAAAGUUCUUGAUUUCAUUGGACUUCCCGAGAUCUGAUGAAUGAUAGAGAUAACAAUAUUAUUGUACUGUUAUGGCUCCGUAAUGUUACUGACCAGCUUGACUUUGACAAUACUUGAGGACAAUUGGUCUGGAAUCUGGAUCUAAAGCCAUUUGAAAGUGUUCAUGAAAGGGGUGGUCCUGGUGAACUGCCAUCAUGAUUGGCUCAUAUGAGCUAGUCAUCAUAACUUUGGUCAAUUAAAGAUUUUGCUCCAGUUGUGUAUGUAUAAAUAUGCUAUUUGUGCCUAUUGCAAGCUUCUUGCUUUAUUCUUCUAGUAUUUGCUACUUCUGGAGUGGUAGGCAUGACAUGUUUGGAUCUACUAAGUGCACUAAGCAAGCUCUUCUCAACUGAACAUAAUUGCACAAGAACCAGCUAACUGUGAUUAGUGUAUCAGCAGGCACUUUUUUUUAUUGGACAUUAUUUUUAAUUGUUCUGAGUAAACUUGCAGAUAGGAUGGAGUACCAGACUCUUUUGGUUGGUGUUGGAUUUUUAUAAAAGAUGUAGGCAUGGAAACCAAUUGAACAAAACAAAAUAGGUCGCAUGAAACUUAAUAGUAAGGCACGUAGUGGCGGCUUCACACUUUUAAUUGUAGGAUGCACAAUUUCUUUUGAAACUCUAACUGGGAUUGAGGAAUAUAUCGUGUGUCAUUCCUAUUUUUUAGCAUUCUUCAGUCAGAUGGCGGCAUAGUGAAUAUGAGCGUACAAGAAGGGAAAUUGUAGAAUACUUUAGACUUUAAAACGUUAUUCUGACCUUUCAAACUAGAACAAAGUCUUAACAGUGUAAAGUGUAAAUGCCUUUACAUUAGACAUAUUCCUCACUAAUAUUCAUUGUAAUCAUGGGCCACUUGGUUAUCUGGCAUGGGCCAGUACAAGCAACAUGGAUUUUAUAUAUUACAAGGAAUUUAAUACACUUUGAACAAGUUACAACAUAUGCCCUUGUACAAGGUAGCUAUUUAGGCUACUUUGUGAAUUGCAACAGUGAUGUGUUGCUUGACUCUUACACGAUCUGCAAGGACUGGCCUACCAAUUAUUCCUUGUCCUCAGGAGCCACAAUAAAAUGCUCACCUCCACGACAGGUCCAAAUCACCAUUUGCCUCAAGGGCGAGAGGAGGAUCCAGUGUCCAGUUGCAACAACCUCAGAAGCUAGUCCAAACUAGUGGGAGGUUGUGUGUACAAACAAGAAGAUAGACUGAAGAAUAGUAAUGGCUCGUGGUAAGGUUCAGAUGAGAAGGAUAGAAAACCCGGUGCACAGGCAGGUCACCUUCUGCAAGCGGCGAAUGGGCCUCCUGAAGAAGGCAAAGGAGCUGUCUGUUUUAUGUGAUGCUGAUAUCGGUGUCAUGGUGUUUUCUCCUCAUGGGAAGGUUUACGAGUUAGCUACCAAUGGGAAUAUGCAAGGCUUAAUUGAGAGGUACAAGGGUAGCAACACAGAAGCACAUGGUGAAAGUGGCGAGCAGAACAAACCUCAGGUAAUACAGCAAGAGGUGCUACUCUUAAGGCAAGAAAUUGACUUACUUCAAAAGGGCUUAAGGUACAUGUAUGGAGAGAAUGAUACAAACCACAUGAAUCUCAAUGAGCUGCAAGCCCUGGAGAGUAACCUUGAAAUUUGGGUACACAAUAUCCGCUAUACAAAGAUGCAGAUCAUAUCUAGGGAGAUUGAGAUGCUCAAGACCAAGGAAGGCGUACUGAAGGCUGCCAAUGAUAUACUUCAAGAAAGGAUAAUUGAGCAGAGCGGGUUUCUGGACACUAGCAGCAACAUGAUGAUGCCACAACUUCCCUUCCAGCGAACCAUGGAGAGUGACUACUACUUCUAGCGUAAACAACCAACCUAUCAAGCUAUGUCGACAGUUUGACAAGGCUACCCUUUAUGGAACCCCCAUAACCUUAUGUGUGCCACUUCAUGUUGUAAAAAGGAAAAAGAAGAUCAGCAUCUGCCAACGUACAUGCUUUUUCCUAUGUAAAUUCAUCAUCUUUCAGAUUGAACAGUUCGCAGAUUGCAUGAUGUUGCUGCAGUUUCCCCUCCAGCAACCAUGGACAGCAAGUAUUCGUGUAGCAUGAACGACCGUCCUAUCAAGCUAUCUUCUACAUAGUUCUGAUUUGUGAUCGACAAGGCAAUCUUGCAAGGACGUCUCAUAGGCUUGUGUGAUGUAAUUUGCCACUUCAUGAUGUAAAAAAGUAUAAAUGAAAUCAGCGUCUGUAUCUAUAAAAGCUUUGCAUGUGUAAA